CUCCUUGAAGAGAGAGAGAAUUAGCAAUUUAGCAUAUCACUGAAGAAACAAAACAACCCCAGAAACAGAAACAAAAAAAAAAAAAGUAAAGUAAAUCGAGAAUUUCAACCCUCGAAAAUGUUCCGUCAAGCGAGCGCACACCUCCUCCGAUCUGGGAAAUCUCGGUUUUUAUCGACGGCAGCAGAAGUUCCGGCGACAGAAAAUGUUGGUGUUUCAGCAUUUUCGGAAAAAUGGAAGAAAAUGAUACCAAAUAUUGAUCCACCAAAAACCCCUUCUUCUUAUAUGAAGCCUCGACCUCCAACUCCUUCUACUAUUCCUUCCAAGCUCAAGAUUAAUGUCGCCCUUCCUUAUUCUUCUAUGCUCUCCUCUAAAGAGGUUGAUAUGAUCAUAGUACCUGCAACCACUGGUCAGAUGGGUGUGCUUCCUGGUCAUGUUGCCACCAUCGCAGAGCUGAAGCCCGGAAUUAUGUCAGUCCAUGAAGGAAAUGAUGUGACUAAAUACUUUAUAAGCAGUGGGUUUGCGUUCAUUCAUCAAAAUUCAGUUGCUGAUAUAGUUGCUAUUGAAGCUGUACCUAUUGAGCAAAUUGACCCCGCUGCUGUUCAGAAAGGCCUUGCUGAAUUCAAUCAAAAGCUUAGCUCCGCUUCCACUGAUUUGGAGAAAGCUGAAGCCCAGAUCGGAGUGGAUCUUCACAGUGCUCUUAAUGGUGCCCUUACUGGCUGAUAUUUGGGCUGCAUAUGAUUUUUCCUCCAUUUUGAUUCUCUUUCGAAGUGAUGUUGAAUGUUUAGGAUCAUUUUACUGUGCAGCUCUCUCUGGAUGGAAAGUUUAAUAAGUUUAUGUGAAACAAGAGCCUUCCGUGCCUUUGUUGUUGCAAUACUCACAGAAACAUGGUUUUUAAUGAUCAGUGAGUACUGUUUUUUGUUUGUAUGGCCAUUUUUGGUCAAUAGAAAAGUUCUCUCAUUUGACAUGUAUCCUAAAUUGCUGAAUUGUUCAUCUUUA